AUGUAUUCAAUAGAGUGCGAUCUGGUGAUACAUAUAUUAGAAUAUUACUUCGGAGAAGCGGCCGCGAAGAUAGCGAGCCACCUGCUACUGCGAGGACCAGUGACAUUGCAUAAGCUGGUGAGCUACUCAGAGUACGACUUCAAAAUCGUGAGAAACACGCUGGUGAUACUGAUACACCACGGCGUGGUGGAGUACGCGAUGGAUGCGUCCCAGUUUGGAAACAAAUCAGUCACACAUGUACUAUACUCAAUCAAGUCGGAAAAUGUACUGUCAAUACUGCUUAUUCCAUUCCUACUACACACAGCAAAGGAAAAAGUGGACGAAAACACAUUCAAAAUACUGUUCCACAUAGCAAAAUAUGGAAUAGUAUCGCCAGGAAAGAUAAGAGAGUCGUUUGAGGAUAUGGAAACGCACACAAUAUUUGAGUCGAUUUCAAAGUUGAUAAACGAAGGAUACAUAAGAUGCGUUGACUCAUUUGUUCAACACAAGAGCAAAUACAGCGAAUAUACGUACUCCUACGAUGGAAUGUUUGAUGUUUUGGACAAUUUAACCAAGGACAAGUACACGAGUUCGAAUGGACUGGCAUAUGACCUGAGAGAAGAUCAACUGUAUAAAGUCAAUUUUGAUAAAAUAUUGGAACACCUGUUGAAAGAGGAAAUAAAACUGCUGGCAUAUAAUCGACUGGGAGAUAGUUCACUGAUCAAGAGCGUUGUGAACAUCUUGAUUGAAAACAAUACGGGAAGAUGGCCAAACGUAGUGCGCUACGACUACAUACAGUCAGAAAUCAUGGCAAUGAAGGAGUUCCAAAACAUCAAUUCGCAAUACUUGAUGAAGUUCUUCCAAGGAUUAUCCAAACACACUGAUAAUCUAGUAGUGCACACACCUCAAGAUAACUCGUACUACUUCGACUGGUAUAAGGCGAAGAAAAUGUUGAAGGAGAAGGCGAUAUUUGGAUCAAUAAAGAGACUGCUGGGAAUCAAGGGAGCGAGAUUGUGGAAUCUGCUGAUAAAAGAAGCGGAAGAAAACCCCUCAGUAAUACUGGAUACACACCAGAUCAGCGAAAAGGGGCUGGUGUCGCUGCAGACGGCAAGGUCAAUACUGUACAAUCUGACGCUGAAAGGCUUCGCGAAGCUGUACGAAUCGGAGGUGGCCCAACAGGUUCCAAACCAAACGGAUAGACAAACGCUGUACUUCACGUCCUCAAUUGAACUGACGUACGGACAAGUAAUUAAACUGGGAUACAAGUUCGCGUCGAACCUGAUAGAGAGACUGGUGUACGAAAGAAAGGCAAACUUCCACAGGAAUCUGGUAAUACAGGACGCCGCAGAGGCGAAUAUGAGACAAACUGACCCGAAGAUAAUAGAAAUACACCUGCUUUACCUCAUUAAGUUCAUCAUGAUUAUGAGGCAACUGUAA